AUGAACGGCUUGGUACAGACGUUGGCGUCCUGCCUGACUCAGAGCUCUUCUUCAUUGAUAAGGAAAGCGGAGCCAGUGCGCCAGAUCCGACCCGUAGAGAUUGACGACCCAGGCUGCUCGUACAAUCCAGACAGGGAGCAGCAUGAGGCAACCGUCGCACAUGCAGUGGCUGUGGAAGUGCAGAAAAACAUCGACGCUGACAUGCGUGCAAAGGAGCCGCAAAAGCAAGCUGGCUGGGAGCCCGAGACGGAUCCUUUGCUCGAGUAUCAGGUGGAGGAAGUUGAUGGAGACAGUGAAGAGGAGCACAGUGGACAAGAGGAAGGCUCUGUACCCAGUAGGCGACCGAACAAGAAGACGAGGACCGUCCGCAACAAGGAAGCGAGGGUGAAGGAGCAGGAAGUUGAGAUGGCAGCCAAGCAGAGGCUCAAGCAGCAGAGGCGAGAGCUGCAGAACCUGGACAGCAUUGGGCAGGAAAUAAGCGAGGCGGAGCAGGAAAGGGAGCGGCGGCAGCAGCGGCGGGAAAGGAUGAAGGCCGAGAAGGCGCUGAUUGCGCCCCCGCGCCUGGGCAAGGUCAAAUUUCAGGAAGCGCCUGUGCAGGUCCUCCUCACCUCAGAGAUAAGCGGCAGCCUGCGCAAGUUGAAACCCGCAGCGAUGCUGGCGCGUGAGCGCUUCAACAGCCUGCAGAAGAGAGGCAUCAUCGAGCCCCGCGUGCGUGCCCUGAAGAAGCAAAAGCGCAAGAGGAUCGAAUUCACGCAUGGGCAGCGCGGAGAGAAGAAUCGCGAGGCGCAGAAAGAGCUCGAUGCGCAAAGGAAGGCUGGCAAAAAGUGAUGUUGUGUUGAAGACAUUUGGCUUUGAGUUGCACAGCUCAAAGGCUUGGCUUGCAUCGUGUCAUUGCUUCUGUACCAGUAUGUUGUGGGAUAGACAACAGAGCGGGAUAGCAAGCCACAGACAUCUAUGCAAGUGUGCAGGACAUAUCCUUGAAGCUACCAAAAUAGAAGUGCUAUUUACGUGAGAAUGGGAGCAACUAGGACACAGUCUAGAGUGUCUAGGCAUACAGAAAUUACAAUAAUAUUAAUGUACAAUUACGUUAUGGUAAAUGAACCGUCAAAGGAAACAUGCCAUCACUGCGCGGUAGCUUUGGAUAUCAUGGUGGGGGCCUGCAGGUGUUGCAUUCACGACAAGCAGCAACCACCGUGCAAGGCCCCUGCGUUUCCCAAAGACACAUUACCAUAGUCUUAGAGAUUAAACCUUGAAUUUCAAGGGCUUUUAACAAAGAAGCUAAAUGUACAGUAUACCGACCAUAUCUGACAUUCCCCCAAGCAGCCACGUAAAUACAGCAACUUGCCAAGUAUUGCACUGCCAAAGAUCUUUGACGAUUACCAGAUCCGCAGGGCUGGCCAGAUGAAGUCUAGACCAUAACAGAAAAGAACACUAGCACUUUGACAACAAAUUCAAGUGUGCCCAAGUAUCAAAUUCUGAAGAGAUAUCUUGUGCACUCCACCAAUUAUGACUGCCUAAAGAGUCCCAUACUUGUCCCAGAUAGUCUCCUUAACGUUUUGUGCACAUUGAUAGGGGAAUAUAAUGUGGAAC